AUGAUUCAAACUGCCUUGGCUGAUGUUGUGACACCCUUGAGCACUACCAUUGACGUCUUUGCGGCUAGGAUAUCGGUGUGUGAGUGUGGCCAAGGAGCCACCGAGGAGGUGACGGCCUUAAAGGCCGCUAUUGUUGUGUUGAGGAGUGAUGUGGAUCAGCUAAAGUCCACCAACAUGUCCAUUAUCUUCGGGACGGUGGAGAUUCUAGAUGUACCAGAUAUGUCUCCAGCUACCACCGGAGAUGAGAUUAGAGUUGAGAAAGCAGUUGAUCCUGAGUCUGAGGCAAAGAUUUAUGAGGAGAUGCUCGAGGUGGAUGAGAAAGCUUCAUAA